CCACCAGUACCCCGUCCUCUGAAGUUCGAAAGUCGAGGCCGAGGCCCUACUCCGAAUGCCGGUGCAAUCCCAACCGGCUAUGCCCAGCGCCUACGCUUUAUUAGGCUUACGGCGAUCGCUGGCGCGCUGAUUCGGCCAACGGGAUCACCAAUAUCCGAUCCCGAUGGGGAACAACUGCGCUAAUGGUCGCCAUGGUUUCUUCCAGUCCGUCUCCGCUGCGGUCAUGGGCCGCGGUCAUGCCGCUGCAGCCGCAUCCUCCCUCUCCACACCUUCCGCAACUCCAUCCACCCCUCAAAAUCCCACGGCCAUUGCGGAAUCCAUCGGGACUGAUAAGCUGCUGGAGGUCGUCGAGGUCCCCAACGAUGCCCCAUCAGCCAAGCCGUCGUCUCCACCGCAGGCAGCGUCGGAGACAUCCCCUUCCCGGAAGAAGCCCACGCACGUAAAGCGGGUAUCCAGCGCCGGUCUCAUGGCUGAUUCUGUUCUCCAGAGGAGAACUGGGCGUCUCAAGGACUUAUAUAGCCUCGGGCGGAAGCUGGGGCAAGGGCAGUUUGGAACGACCUACUUCUGCAUUGAGAAAGCUACGGGGAAGGAGUUCGCUUGCAAGUCGAUCGCCAAGAGGAAGCUUGUCACGCAGGAGGAUGUCGAUGAUGUGAGGCGGGAGAUUCAGAUAAUGCAUCAUUUGGCCGGGCAUCCCAAUGUGAUUUCUAUUAUUGAUGCUUAUGAGGACGCGGUAGCUGUGCAUGUUGUGAUGGACCUCUGUGUUGGAGGGGAGCUGUUUGAUCGGAUUAUUCAGAGGGGACAUUUCUCGGAGAAGGCGGCAGCGGAGCUUACUAGGGUAAUUGUUGGGGUUAUAGAGGCGUGCCAUUCGAUGGGUGUCAUGCAUAGGGAUCUCAAACCUGAGAAUUUUCUGUUCGUGAACCAGAAAGAGGAUUCGCCCCUGAGAACAAUAGAUUUUGGUCUUUCUGUUUUCUUCAAGCCAGGUAUUCUUUAUUUUUGUUGUGCUUAUGUAUGGUUGGGUUGA